GGGUGGAGCCAAAUGUAUCUGCUAAUAGAUCUCAUUGUCCAAAUAGGUUCAUUUAAAAUUAGUUCAAAAGAAUUGUAACCAAAUUCCAAUCAAAUUACAGCAAUAUUGCAGCACAAUUUCCCUACGUCAAAAGGAAAAAUAUCCCACUAAUGUAAGAGUCAGGCCUGGAGGGAUUGUGAUCUAUGUAUCUUUAGCAUGCUAAGUGGGGUUUAGGGUCACAUUAUGGUGAUUUAACAUUAGGGGCUUAAUGUUUUUAAUGUAAUUUUCUUGGUCUGCAUCAGGGGAAUAGGGGAAAAUAAAUUGGCCAUUAGGUUACAAUUUGAUUGUUUUGUUGAAAUUAGUCGAAACCCCCAUUGGGGUAUUCUCAGACAACCAAACUGCAGCUAUAGCUGAAUGGAAGUUAAAAUGGAAAUUCUUUUAAAUUAAACAAAAUUUUCUUUUUUGUGAAUGGCUGCAUGGGUUAAAACCUUCAGCUGCUGUUCAUUUGCCAUUCAGAGUUUAUUGAACUCUCAGAUUUGACUGAUUCUGUUCUUUAUCUUUAUUUUUAGACCGCCUGUAAAUUUAACUAGUAAUAUACCGCUGCCUGAGGAACUGCCAUUGACCCACCUUCCUGUACCUGUGCCCGAUGCACCAGGGCUUCCUAGCUAUGAGGAAGCAUUAGAAGCAUCAGGCACGUACGAUGCACCCCCACCACCAUAUCAAAGGUAAGGUUUUUUAAAAAUGUAAAAUGUUUGCCAAAUCAGCCAUUCAUGUAUACAGUUAACAGCUGUAAAUAAGGGAUAGGCUCCUGGAAAUGUAUCUUUAAAUACUGCUACUUAUAAGAACAGUCCAAGUACCAUAACCAGUACAGCCGUCUUUAGUGGCUAUGGUGCCAUUAGUGCCUGGUGCCCUCCUAAUGUAAUUUGUGAAACUGUUUUAGAAUGGUUUGGCAAAAUACUUGAGUUCCCCGGGCACCCAGGCUGCAUACACUCUACUGCAGAAGAAGCCGCAUGUUUCUCUGCAACUAAACACCGCCAUUACAGGACCAUGAUAAUUGGCUAAGAGACAAUGAGAGUUCACUCUCUCAGCCAAUGAGCCAGGUCGUGCAUCAACUUGCUAACCAGAUUCUCCUCCAGGAGAAUCAGACAGCAUGUUUUGCGGUCAUGGGUGACUGGUGGGACCCAGGUAAGUUGUCCAACCAUUCUAAAAUGUUUUGACAAAUUACAUCAGGAUGGUGCCAGGGUACUCCUGGCACUAUAACCACUACAGUGAACUGUAGUGGUUUUGGUGAUUGGAAUCUUCCAAGCCAAAAGUGGGCUGGUUCCCAAAGAUGGAAGCACAGAGGAGGGAGAGCUUUAUGUAGGUAAUUCUCCUUUUUUUCCCUCCCCUAGACGGUAGCAAUGAAGUAGACAUGUAACCUUGGUGGGUAUCUGCCCAAGAAUCCAAUUUAAAUCCCUGGGGGAAAAGCCAAUUAUGUAGUCCAAAGCUGUAAAAAGCAUAAAUGUUUUGUUUGACCUGCAGUGUUCAUUUUACGUUAACACUGAAUAUUUGUAGUGCAAGCAACCAUGCUUAAAGUGUUUCCUUAAAGUGUGUAUACAUGUGUAUGGCACUUUGCAAAAACAAAUGGACGAACAUGCAUGUGUUAAUACUGCACUUCUCUUUGAAUGUCUGAGGCACGUGGUGAUGUCACCCUGAACACAGAAGUGCAUGGGGGGGUUAAUUACAUUGUUUACCUCCGAUUCAUGAGGGUUUACUGUUGUGAGUGAAGUUGUGUCACUGCCUGACGAGUGACCAUUACUCUUUAAUGGAUUACCCCAAGCACUAUGACGAUAUCAUUGUUUUGAAGUGGUCAUGGUGUUUGGAGUCUGUACCUGCAUAAUUUCAGUAUAAAACGAAUACACAGAGAUAUAAAAAAAAAUUACAUUACUGAUAGAGGUGGAACUCCACUUCAAGCACCGUCAUUAGGGCAUAAUUAGUCAGAUUGGAACAAGAGUUCUGGCUGGCUAAGGUCAGUUCUGUGCCUAUUCCUUGCACAGAUUAUUAUUCACUGUCUGAGAACGCUCAGCUUUCAGAUAAUGAAUGAUUGGCGUCCAGCUUCCACAGCCCUUCAUGUGCGUCACCCAGCUCAGAGGAGGCUCUGCGCAGGGCAGGAGUCAGGAAAAAGGGCAAAACAAUGCAAAAUGAAUUGGCUCAUGACCAGGCACAGCACCAUAAAUGUCCCCAAAACACAAAAGGUAAAAAAAAACACAAAGAAGGGUUAAAUGCACAGACUGUUUAAGUCUGAACCUGCAGCCAAAGUUCAUAGAUAAUAUAACUGCUAUAGUUCUGUAUUACUUUUAUUUGAUAUUAUGCAAACUAUAAUCUUUGAAAUUUUUGUUUUCCGUAGAGGUUCUACCAGAUCAACCACUGAACCCAGCUGAAGAUAAUUGCACUGAAUAUGGACUUCUUUAUGACCAAAGUGUACAGCAUGACUGUUAAAGAAUUGAAUGUGCUUUUGCGAAAAAUGAAAUGGGUUCUGUGUACAUUUCUUUUUUUUUUCUUUUUUUUUUUUACUUUCCUUUUUCUUAAUAACAUGUCAGGCAUUUUUCUUCAGUUACCAAAGCCACUGAAACUGCAGUGUAGAUGCUAUCCAUGUUUAAUCCAUACUAGUUCCAUGUCCUAGUUGAUCUGUGCAGUUCUUCAGAGCUACACAUCUCACAUAAACAUUUUAAACACUGGAGUUGGCAUAUUAAACCUGCACUGGGCUAAUUAUCCUUCAUUACACAAGACAAACCCAACCUCAUUGGCAUUCUUAAUGCAUUUAGAAAAGGCCAUUGACUUUAACUUGGAUCGUACCUGUUUCAGUUAUUUCUUUGAAAUGUCACGUAUAAAUGUCAACACAAAUAACAUGAUAUCGUAUGCAUUCUGUGCUACAGCCCGUUAUCGGGGAAGAAUUCCAUUAAAUGUGAGUUAUAAAAAAUAUAUAUAUAUGUAUGUAUGUAUGUAUAAAUAUUCUGUGUAAUCACUAAUAUUGGAAAGAUUGUGUACAGAAUGGAAUUUCAACCAAGAUGCUUUGUUGGCUCAAUCUUGGUAAGGAUUUAAACAGGACUUAAAUCAAUGCAAGAACCUACACUGUUUUAAUCAGGCGAAAUUGCAAUGAUGUCAUUAGAAUCAGCUCAUUGUUUUUCCAUAAUCUGAAUAUUCUACAGGUUUGACUGUCUGUGAUCCAUCAUUUAAUAUUGUAAAUACAAGACAGUCCAUGCAAUCUGUCAGUCAUUGAAGGUGGGACUGAUGGCUUGGGAUACCUUGGUCCUGAAGAGUUAAAAUGCUUUUAUUGAAUUGCAGUUGUACGUAGAAGAAAAUCAUAGUACUUUUUAAAGGAUUUGUAUAUAACAACAAAAUGUAGCUUGUAAACCUGUGAUUGUUACUGUGAAGGCACCAUAGUCCUUUUUUUUUUGUGAAUACAGCUGCAUCACAUUCUGAGAGCUACCUGCCUUCUCUUAAUCAGUGGGUUACAGGCUGACUCGUGUGUUGAAUUUUUAUAAAUGUUCCUCUGCAGCACUCGUGAUAGUAGGGCAAAGUUCCUAUGCUGCAGCAAACUAUCAGUGUGUCACAUUUAAAUCCUAUUUAAGUUAGAGAAAUAAGAUUCAAAAUAAAGAUUAGAAAUUAGUAGUAUUAAAAAAAAAAAAAAAAAAAGCCAUAUUAUUUGCUUUUGUCCCACAAAUGUGCAUUAGGUUUUUAAAUAUAAUAUUUGCUUGAAUUGGUCUGCGAAGGCCAAUCCUUUUUAUAAAGCCAUUUUUGAGAACGUUUAUGUUCUUUUCGAGGAUAUUCAUCAUAUUGGUUGCUCUCAGUGUAAAAAGCCAUAUUCUUUCAAGAAAUCAUGACGUUGUGAUGUUUUGACUCCCAUCACUGUCAACCACUGACUGAGAAUGAUAGUAGUUAGUACACGCGGUUAUUCAUUAACGUGAGAGUUAAAAUUGAAAUUUCAGAUUUAAGGUGAAAAUGACUGACCCGGAAAAAUUGUAUAGGUCGGCCAUGCUUUCUCUACUCUGGCCUUAGAUUUUAAAUGCACUUUAAAUUCUUACUUUAUUAAAUAACAUUGAUAGUAUAAUCCCAUGUCUGUGUUUUCUUUUAAACCGGUUUUGGUGGUAUUAUAAUGAAUCGUGUAAGAAUGUGGAUAGUAAAUUUUUGGACUUGCCAGAAACACAUUUCACUAAACGAUGCCUUAAUUAAAUUUGUAUUUUUUAAAUAAAGUUCAUUUGAUAACAA